AUGGCGGCAGUGGGGCCGCGAACCGGUCCCGGCACCGGCGCCGAGGCGCUAGCUCUGGCGGCAGAGCUGCAGGGCGAAGCGACGUGCUCCAUCUGCCUGGAGCUCUUCCGCGAGCCUGUGUCGGUAGAGUGCGGUCACAGCUUCUGCCGCGCCUGCAUCGCGCGCUGCUGGGAGCGCCCGGCCUCCGGGGCCCCCACUGCGUCCCGCGCGGCGGCACCCGGACCGCUGCCCUGCCCUCAGUGCCGCGAGCCCGCCAUUCCCAGCCAGCUGCGGCCCAAUCGGCAGCUGGCCGCGGUGGCCACACUGCUGCGCCGCUUCAGCCUGCCCGCUGCCGUGCCCGGGGAGCGCGGGGCCUCGGAUUCGGCGGCAGCAACGGGCUGCGCGCUGCAUGGCGAGCCGCUCAAGCUCUACUGCCAGGACGAUGGGCGCGCUAUUUGCGUGGUGUGCGACCGCGCCCGGGAACACCGCGCGCACGCUGUAUUGCCGCUGGAUGAGGCGGUGCAAGAGGCCAAGGAGCUCCUGGAAUCUAGGCUGAAAGCCUUGAAGAAGGAACUGAAGGAUUAUGAGAUGUUCCGGUCCAUGGAGGAGAAGGACAGUCGGGAACUCCUGAAGCAGCUGGCAACUGAGAGAGAAAAGGUUGGGGCUGAGUUCCAGGCUCUGAGAGCCUUUCUGGUGGAGCAGGAAGGUCGGCUCCUGGGUCGUCUGGAAGAGCUGUCACGAGAAGUGACACAGAAGCAGAAUGAGAACCUGGCCCAGCUCGGGGGUGAGAUCACCCAGCUGUCCGAGCUCAGCAGUCAGAUGCAGGAGACAGCUUGCAAGCCUGAUCUUGACUUUCUCCAGGAAUUAAAAAGCACACUAAGCAAAUGCUGCAAUGUUCCCGGGCCCAAACCAACUGCAGUCUCCUCUGAGAUGAAGACUAAAGUCUGGAAUGUUUCACUCAAGACCUUUGUCUUGAAGGGGUUGCUCAAGAAGUUCAAAGAGGAUCUUCGGGAUGAACUGGAGAAAGAGGAGAAAGUGGAGCUGACUUUGGACCCUGACACUGCCCACCCCGGCCUCAUCCUCUCUCUGGAUCUUAAGAGUGUGCGCCUUGGACAGAGGGGCCAGGACCUGCCUGAUAACCCCCGUCGCUUUGAUACCAACACUCGGGUGCUGGCAUCCUGCGGCUUCUCCUCUGGCCGUCACCACUGGGAAGUGGAAGUGGGUUCCAAGGAGGGUUGGGCCUUCGGUGUGGCCCGAGAAAGUGUGCGCCGCAAAGGCCUCACACCCUUCACCCCAGAGGAGGGCAUCUGGGCCCUGCAGCUCAACAGCAGGCAGUACUGGGCCGUGACCAGCCCUGAACGGACGCCCCUCAGCUGUGGGCACCUGUCCCGAGUUCGAGUGGCCCUGGACCUGGAGGUGGGGGCUGUGUCCUUCUAUGCUGCAGAGGACAUGCGCCACCUCUACACCUUCCGUGUCAACUUCCAUGAACGCGUGUUCCCCCUUUUCUCUGUGUGCUCCACUGGCACUUAUUUGAGAAUCUGGCCUUAAGGGGCAUUGC